GUUAUUUAGUACAGCAAUAUUUAUUGGUUAGUCUUAGUCAACUGACCAAUGACCUUGAUUUUUAGAGUAAAUAAUGUAUGCAAGUCGUUACCAGAAGCCCCUUUUCCGGGAACCGCGCGCUUUGUUAACGCACAAACAAAUCUUAGAACCUGAGAGUUUGAGAUCAUCAUUCACUUAAAAUUUUUGCUGAGAUAAUGUCUUCCACAGGGGAUAAAGAUGAACGUGAUGGAGAAGGGAAACCUGAUAAAGCCUCUGUUGAGAAGAUUAGAGAUGAAAGUGACGGUGGCGAAGGUGCAAACAAACAUAAAGUUGAGAAGGACUCGGAGGAAGGAAAACAAAAGCAUGAGGAAAGUAGGACAAACACAUCUGCUUGUGAACCUGUAAAGACAGCACCGCGGCAAUUACCUAACCUUAACCCAAUUGAUAACAAAAGCGAUCCGACACUUGCUGACAAGUCUUUGAAAAAUAGGAUGGACAAGAAUCAAUUAGAUCUUAAGAGAGUCGAGAGUCAAAAACGUAUCGACUCUUUGCAUCCUGGCACCAAGUCGCAAUCAGGUUAUUUUCUUCUUAUGGGAAGUUUCCUCGUCGCCGCAGUCGCAGUUGCAUGUGUUGCUGUAGCUAUAAUCUACUUUUAUCCUCCUGAGGACGACAUGAAGACUGAAUUUGACCUGGAGAGAGUCUUCGAAAAUGGGCUUCAAAAUUUACAGUUCUCAUUCACUAAUCAGACUCGCCGGUUCUGGAAGAUUUUAAGAAGUCGAGGAUUGGCUCAUCUACGGAAUAAGGAUCCCCCACAACCCCUGGUGUUCCUACUGGCUGCACCUCCAGCAGCACAUGAAUACGUGGAUUGCUUGGCCACUAAACUAGCAGAAAUUCUGGAUCCAAGACAUAAAAAAAAUCUGACCAGAAUUUAUGGUGAAAAAGAGAAGGCAAAUCCUCCAGAAGAGACCAAAAUGACGAUGGACAAUUUUCUGAAGAAAGAAAUCGAGGCUCUUCACAGGGUAGUGCUUAUCCAUCACCUUGAGCUUCUCCCGCCACCCUCACAACUUCUGUUUCACUCAUAUUGUGAUGAUCAAAAUGCACCAAAUAAGCAAUUGGCCUUUAUUUUUACUGUACAUAUGGCGGUAGAGCCCAGCUCAUCUCUGUCUCCUGAAGAAGCAGAGGGAAGAGUAGAAAAAUAUCUUUCAGGUGAUGUUUGGGCAAAGGAUGAUAAGGAUGCAAUUGCUGCUCUCCUGGUCCGCAUUGCUGACACAGUGGUGCUCAUGAAUGGCGAAACUAGUGAUUCAGCAAGGGCCUUUUGUUCUUAAUCCAUUAACUGUUCGCAGUCAUUGGCAAGAUUAGUUAGUGAAUUAUCGUUACUCUGUCAGACAUUUAGAAUUUAACAGAAUGUAGCAAAUUUAGAGUUUAGUCAACCAGGGGAUAUUGCCCUUAUUGAGGACUUAAUUUUUAGGAGUGGCCAACACAAAAACGUCGGGUGUUUAGGCAGGAGGAUUAGAAUUUAAAUCAAGAGUGUGAAAGGACUAUUAUCUGUAAGCUGAGGUCAAAUAUGUAAGAAUUGAUUGCUUCUUUUUCAUCAUGGAAAGUAUGGACUUGCCUGGCUACUUUGGUUUGUUUUGUGCAGAUUGUCAGAAAAUAAGAGCUAAUGACUAUUCACAGAAUACAGUGGAUGGUUUGCAAUGCAUGAAAUUCAACAACUUAAUUC